GCACCCUGAAUGACUUCACAUCCGCGUACAGCUUCCGGCAUACCCAUGUGUUUACUCAAAAUAUGAACAAUUAUUGUAACGUAUAACGUGUAACAUUGUAAACUCAGUAAUUGUUUACUUUCUAUUCAAAGUAUGGGGAAGCUGAAUGUGGUGGUGUUGAGAUAUCUGUCCCGGGAUGACUUCCGCGUCCUCACGGCGGUUGAGAUGGGAAUGAAGAACCAUGAGAUUGUUCCUGUGAGCCUCCUCUCUUCGAUUGCCAGCCUCAAACACGGCGGCUGCAACAAGAUCCUUCGAGAGCUCGUCAAACAUAAACUUGUGGCCUACGAACGCACCAAGACUGUGCAGGGCUACAGGUUGAUUUAUGGAGGAUAUGACUACCUAGCCUUGAAGACCUUGUCCUCCAGAGAUGUGAUCACUUCAAUCGGAAAUCAGAUCGGAGUAGGGAAAGAAUCAGAUAUUUAUAUUGUGGCGAGUCCAGAUGGGGAACAGUAUGCCCUGAAGCUUCACAGAUUGGGUCGUACCUGCUUCAAGAACCUAAAGAAUAAGAGAGAUUACCACAAGCACAGGAAGAACAUGUCUUGGCUCUACCUCUCUCGCCUCUCCGCCAUGAAAGAGUUUGCCUAUAUGAAGGCACUUUACGACAGAGGCUUCCCUGUGCCAAAGCCUGUGGACUAUAACAGGCAUGCAGUAGUGAUGGAGCUCAUCAAUGGAUAUCCACUGUGUCAGGUGCACGAACUGCAAGAUGCGGCGGCCUUGUACAGCGAGUUCAUGGAGCUCAUCAUCAAACUGGCCAAUCACGGCCUGAUUCAUGGAGAUUUUAAUGAGUUCAAUCUGAUGCUCGAUGACCAGGACCACAUUACUAUGAUUGACUUCCCUCAGAUGGUGUCCACCUCUCACACUAAUGCUGAAUGGUAUUUUGACCGUGAUGUGAAAUGCAUAAGAGACUUCUUUGCCAAACGAUAUCAUUACGAGAGCGAGCUCUUCCCAACCUUCAAAGAUAUCAGACGCUCGUGUUCUCUGGAUGUUGAGGUCUCAGCAAGUGGCUUCACCAAAGAUCUGGAAGAAGAUGCUGCAUUUCUACAACCGACUGGACCUGAGGGAGAGAAUGAUGAUGAUGAGGAGGAUAGCAACGAAGAGGAGACCUUUGAAGAAGUAGAAGAAAAAGAGCAGAGUGUGGAUGUAACAGAAUACAAUAAUGCAGUGCUGGAACUUGAGGGCUUGAAAGUUAGCAAUACAAAAACUGACAUACAGGAGGAGGAAGAGGAAGAGAGUGAAACAGCAGAAAAAGAGGUUGAAAAUAGUACAGACAAUGAGGACAUGGCUCUUGAAGUGAGAACCAAUGACAAGACUGUGAAUGAUUUGGGGGAAGAGUUGGAGGAUAACUUUCCAGAACUAUCUGAACUUUCUUCAUUCAACAAGGAGUUCAAACCUUUCAGAGACUCGGACAGCCUUCUACACAUGGCCGAGCACAGGAGGAGGAGGACAGACAGUGAGGCUACAAUGGGCAGCACAGGCAGCUGCUCCACCAUCCCACCAGAGGUUGUUCGUCAGAAGGUGCGGAGGCAGCUCACCAAACAACAGAAGUCGGCACUGAGAAGACGUCUGCAGAAGGGAGAGGCCAACUUGGUGACGCAGUCCAGGAGAGAGAAUCAAAACAACAUCAAGUCUAGCCUAGAGACCGCCAGCUUUUGGGGGUGAUUCGGUCAACUCGUACUCUGCCGUCAUCCGGAUCCGGAAAGUAUUCAGAGUGCUUCACUUUUUCCAUAUUUUGUUAUGUUACAGCCUUAUUCCAAAAUGAAAUAAAUUCAUUUAGUCCUCAGAAUUUUACAGACAAUACCCCACAAUGACAAUGUUAAAAGUUUUUUGUUUUUUUUUAAUUUAUUAAAUGUAUUAAAAAAUAAAAAAUCACAUGUAGAUAAGUAUUCACUGCAUUUGUGCAAUACUUCGUUGAUGCACCUUUGACAGCAAUUCCAGCCUCAAGACUUUUUGAAUGUCACAUGCUCGGCACAGAUAUCUUUGGGCAGUUUCGCCCUUUCGUCUUUGCAGCACCAAGCUCCAUCAGAUUGAACGUGAAGAGCUGGUUUUUAUCCAGGAUGUCUCUGUACAUUGCAGUGUUCAGACUUGAGGCUGUAAAGGCUUCCAAAGAUGCAUCAACAAAGUAUUGAGAAAACGCUGUGAAUAAUUAUUUUAAUGUGAUUUUUUUAUUAUUUUUUUAUAAAAAUUUGCAAGCAUUUUUUAAAUAAAAAACUUCACAUUGUCAUUAUGGGGUAUUGUGUGCAGAAUUUUGAGAACAAAAAUGGAUUUAUUCCGUUUUGGAAUAACGCUGUAACAUAACAAAAUGUGGAAAAAGUGAAGCACUGUGAAUGCUUUCUGGAUGCAUUGUAUUUUGCCAGUAAGAUCAGGGGCGCUGCCAGGAAUUCUGGGCUUCAUGAGAAAAAAAUCGCCUUGAGCCCCUUAUCAACUGAAUUUUUGUCAAUUGUUUAUUUUUUUGGAAUUGUCGUAACUUUCCCCCCACUAUACGGCGCCCCUGAAUAAGGUUACUCUGCAUCUACCGGUAGUUAAACACAAUGUAAGUAUGGAGUACUAGGUUGUAUCAUUCACAAUCGUUUUUUCUCUGAUUUUUAAAAGAAGGAACAUUAUUAAAAAUAUCUCCUGCAAAAAUUUCAUCCAACCUUUUAAUUAUUAUUGGGAGCCUAUUCCAUGUCAUUAGAGAUUAAUACCUAACCUGAAAGUUAAUCAACAGUUUAAAUGUGUGUUAGAGUUCGUCCAUCCUCGAUCCUUCUAAUCUUUAACACAAAUAUGAAGAAAAACCUGCUUCAUAACGAUGUGGCGUAUUGUCAUCAAUUAACACAACCAUUUUAACCCUCAUAGUUUAUUGUGGACAUUUUCACCCAUGCAGGUAAAUUUUUGCAUGAUUUUUGCCAUUACUUUGGUUGUGUUACUCCAAAUGGAAAUAUUUUUUCCUAAGAGGAUUUUAUUCAUGUUCAAUUUUAGAUUUAGACUUAAACAAACUAUAAUGAUCCACAAGGGCAAUACCUUUUUCACAAUAGCUCAGUUAAAAAAACAUUCAUGAAGUUUGGUUCUUUUAUGAAUUUAUUAUGGGUCUACUGAAAAUGUGACCAAAAAUGCUGGGUCAAAAGUAUACAUACAGCAAUGUUAAUAUUUGGUUACAUGUCCCUUGGCAAGUUUCACUGCAAUAAAGCGCUUUUACAAUAAAGCUUUUGGCAAGCUUCUGGUUGAAUUUUUUGACCACUCCUCUUGACAAAAUUGGUGCAGUUCAGCUAAAUUUGUUGGUUUUCUGACGUGGACUUGUUUCUUCAGCAUUGUCUACAUGUUCUCAAUGGGGUUUGAAAGUCAGGACUUUGGGAAGGCAAUUCUAAAACCUUAAUUCUAGCCUGAUUUAGCCAUUCCUUUACCACUUUUGACGUGUGUUUGGAGUCAUUGUCCUGUUGGAACACCCAACUGCGCCCAAGACCCAACAUCCGGGCUGAUGAUUUUAGGUUGUCCUGAAGAAUUUGGAGGUAAUCCUCCUUUUCAUUGUCCCAUUUACUCUCUGUAAAGCACCAGUUCCAUUGGCAGCAGAACAGGCCCAGAGCAUAAUACUACCACCACCAUGCUUGACGGUGGGUAUGGUGUUCCUGGGAUUAAAGGCCUCACCUUUUCUCCUCCAAAUAGAUUGCUGGGUAUUGUGGCCAAACAGCUCAAUUUGUGUUUCAUCUGACCACAUAACUUUCCUCCAGAAGGUCUUAUCUUUGUCCAUGUGAUCAGCAGCAAACUUUAGACAAGCCUUAAGGUGUCGCUUCUGGAGCAAAGGCUUCCUUCUUGCAUGGUAGCCUCUCAGUCCAUGGCGAUGCAAAACACGCUUGACUGCGGACACUGGCACCUGUGUUCCAGCAGAUUCCAAUUCAUUUCAGACCUGCUUUUUGGUGGUUCUCGGUUGACUCUUGAUCAUUCUGACCAAUUUUCUCUCAGUCAAUCAAUCAAUCAAUCAAUGUUUAUUUAUAUAGCCCUAAAUCACAAGUGUCUAAAAGGACUGCACAAGCCACAAUGACAUCCUCAGUUCAGAGCCCAUAUAAGGGCAAGGAAAAACUCACAACCCAGUAGGACGUCGAUGCAGCAGGUGAUAGCUUGCGUUUUCUUCCUGAUCGUGGCAGUGACAAAACUGUGCCAUGUACUUUAUACUUACGAACAAUUGUCUGCACAGUUGCUCUUGAGACCUUAAGCUGCUUUGAAAUGGCUUCAAGUGACUUUCCGGACUUGUUCAAGUCAAUGAUUAAUUUUUUUCAGAUCAGUGCUGAGUUCCUUUGACUUUCCCUUUGUUGCGUUUGUAACCGAGUCUAAUGACUGCAUCACAUGAGCCCUAUUUAAAUGGGCUCAGAGAAGUCAACAGGUGUCGUCAAUCAUAAUCACUCACAUGAAGUUAAGAGGCCAUGCCAUAAAGCUAAUUUGAUUUGAUUGUAACUUUUCUACAUCACCAAAAUUGAUCAUGUAUGUUGCUGUAUGUAUACUUUUGACCCAGCAAAUUUAGUCACAUUUUCUGUAGACCCAUAAAAAUCACGGCACGAUAACUUAAAAAGAAAGACAACUUCAGAUUUUUUUCAUUGUUUGAAAAUAGAACAAGCAAUUGUCUGCACAGUUGCUCUUGAGACCUUAAGCUGCUUUGAAAUGGCUUCAAGUGACUUUCCGGACUUGAAAAUGUACAAAUGAUAAUGGGGUUAUUUUUUUUACACUUACAUGUUGCGGUUAAUAGUAUUCUACCUUUAUUUGUCAUUAUUUAUACUUUCUGAAUAAAUUAUGUGACAAUGUUCAUCAGUCAACUCAUUGGUGUUCAUUUUCAAUCUAUCAAGAUAAAAAAAUUAUAAACAUCAAAUUACAGUUUGUUAUUUAUGUAGUUUGCUCGUGUUGUUUUGUUUUUACAUAUGUAGCAUAAUCUACAAAGAUACACAAAAUUGCUAUUGCGACAUCUAGUGGACACAUUUAGAACAGCAGUUUCUUUCAUUCAAAAGUUUCGGCUAAUUUUUAUACUUUGCAAACUCAUCCCGCGGGCCGGAUAAAACCUGUUCGCGGAACAUAGACUUAAUUAUACUGUACCUCAGGGAUCAAUACUCGGACC